GUUUUUGUAAAUAAUAAAUGAUAACGUUUAAGGAAUAACGAUCUUUUUAUAUUCUUUAUUCAAUUUUUACAGAAUGUAUACUUUUUUUUUUACAAACAAUGAAAUAAUUUUAUAAAUAGCAAAAUGUCGGAGUUUGAUGAUGUGAAGUUUUAUUCUUCAAUUAGUGAUAUAUCUCAAACAGAUAGUGAUAUAAGUUUUCAAGAAAUUCCAAAAAUUUUAAACGCGUCUUCUCCCUCUAGUAUUUGUUCUACAAAACCACUAGAAUGGGAUAGUGGUGCUGAUGUUGGAUAUGGCCUAAUUCCUAAUGCACAAAGUAAAGAACUAAGUACUAUAGAACGUAUGGCUGUAAACAAUUUUAUGCUUAAUGCUAAUUCAACUCCUAUUGAUUUUAAUAGUCAAAAUAUUGUUAGACUUAAAAGCAACUCGUUAUCAAAUUUAGUUAAUUUGGAAUUCUCAAACAAUUAUAAAUCUAUGUCAUGUGAUCAAUUAAAAUGGGAUUCUGAUAAAGCAAAGCUUAAUACCCUGACAAAAAAUAAGUCGCCUAUGACCUCUUCUUUUUCUCUGUCUACGGUUGUUAAAAAAAUGAAUUGCUCUGAUACAGAAAAAAAUCUAGUUACCAAUGUAAAUUCGACUGUAGUAUCAAAACAAGAUGAAAAUGUUGAAAAAACUAAUAUUAGUUCUAAAAAUGAAUCAAAAUCCUGUGAAAGUGGUAAAACUUCUAAUAGCACAAUUGGAAGUGUUGUUUCUUCAGGAUCUUGGGAAGUCAAAGAAUGUUGUGAUUCCACUAAUACUACAACAGAUAGAGUAAAUAGUUUUGAAUAUUUACCAGGAAAUACUUUUCAUUACAGUAAACAAACUAAUGAAAAUAAAGAAAUACAGGAAAGUGUACAAUUGCUGAUAGAAGCCAUGAAACAAAAUGGAUUAACUGAAAAAUCAAAAAUUAAAGAAGUAUUUAGAGAAAUUUAUAAAAAUAUUUUAGGAUCAAAAAAUAGCUUACCUAAAAAAAAUUUAUGUGACUCUAAUUUGUGUGAAAUUCAAGAUAUUACACCUCAAACAAGUAACACGGGGAAUACAGUUUUAAAUAAUGAAAUUGAUAACUAUUCAAGUACAAUGACAUUUACAUCUCCAAUUACUUCUUCUCAAUAUGGUGAGGGUAUUGAUACUUCUAAGUAUUGUGAUACCACCUCAUUGGAAUCAGGAAGACAUUUAAACUUGCAUAAAUCUAAAUUAAAAAAAUCAACUCCAACUAAACAUUCUGAAACAAAAAUCAAGAAUAAUUCCAGUGAUGCCAGUAAACAAUAUGACAAACAAGUUUUGAAGUUUCAAGAAAAUUUUAUGAAAAUGCAAUGUGACAAUCAAUUGUCUAUCAUAAAGAACGAAAUAAAACACUUAAAUAAUUUAAAUAAAUUCUUAAAUACACAUAAAGAAUUAAAAAAAAAUUGGAAUAACUACAAAGAAAAACCAAAAAUAAGUAGUAAACCUAUAUUCAGAAAGCAAAUUAUACAAAAUAUUAAUACUUUAAACUCAACACAAACUGAGACAACUACGUCAUACUUAAAUUCUUCAAAGUCGAAUAGUACUGAAACUGAAUCAUCUUGUACAGCAUGUCACCAUAUGUAUUGUAAAAAAGGUGUUCUGGUGCAUAAUUCAAAAUCUAAGUCUGUUAAACUUAAAACGGGACAACUAAAAGAUGAUAAAAAGCCAUCUUUUCUUGGUGCUGGUACAUACACAGUUUACAAGCCAUUUAGAACUACAAAUAUAGAUCCUAAACACUCUAUAACCUAUGAAAUUAUAUUUAAACCCAAUCAGAAAGACAAUUUGGAUAAUUGUAAAUCAAAAUUUAUGUCAAAUGAUCAAAUAAACAGUAUGAAAAAGAAAAAGAUAUUAAAAAGUGUUUCACAAUUAAAUACUAAAAUACCAGUGUCAUCAACAUCAACUUUACAAGAAUAUCUUGUUGCUAACCGUCCAGAUUAUAUAGCUCGAACUCAACAAAGGCAAAAUAUUUUAAAUGAACUACAAAAAUUAAGAGAAAAAAGAAAACAACCAAAAAAAGAUUAUUUGUUGAUGAACAGUGAAGAUGUGAUUCCCCCAAAUCCAUUAACUAUCAAACGUAUAAUGACCCAAAAAGAAAUGCGUAAACAAACAGAAAAUAAGUAUAGACUAUGUUCAGAAGUUAAAAAUAAAAAAAUUGAAAAGAAACGUAAAGAAGAAUACAUGACUAAUAAGAUCAUGGCUAACAUAUUUAAUAAAAAAUUGCAAAAGAAGACUUUAAAAGGAAAUGUUGAUUUGUCAAAUAGUGUUAGUGUUUGUAGUUUAUGAUUGGAUUUUUUAAUUAUGCCUAGAUUGUACCUAUUAGUUUAAUUUGUAAAUUCAUACAUGUGUAAAUUAAAAAAUUUUAAAAGUAAAAUUUAUUUUUGUAUUCGUUUUUUUUUAAAUAUACUAUAUGGUUUUAAUUUUUAAACAAAUCUCAAAUUACUAAUAUUUAUGUAUAAAUACAUAAAUAUUAGUAUUACUUAUACAUUAAAUGAUAAGUUAA